UCGUUGUCAUCAACGUAAUUAAGAUAUACAAGGAUUUUCUUUGGCUAGAGGGUAGACGCUUUUUACUUUAUUAAUAUUAGUUGACGUGUUAACUAUGUUUGUGUUAUAAUUGAAAUAUAAAAUGGGGAAAGUGAGUGAUGAAAGUAGUUACAUACCUUUUAUAAGGCAGUGUUUCCUGACUGCUAGCGUUGCGUUAAACAUUGUAGCGCACGGUGGCGUUAUCGGUUUCUCUGCUAUUUUGAUACCAGCUCUGCGUCUGCCUGGAUCUCAUAUAAAGGCCACGCCAAGCCAAGAAUCAUGGAUUGCAUCAAUCAUCGGAUUUGCGUUGAUAACGGGCAAUUUCAUCAUCACGCCUCUGAUGGACACCCUCGGUCGAAAGAAAUCUCAUCUCCUCACCAUCUUGCCCAUUUUGACAGGGUGGUUCAUUCUUCUAAUGGCAGACAGUGUGUCCGGUCUCAUAAUAGCAAGAUUCCUCCAAGGUAUCGCCAUGGGCAUGCUUGGACCACUUGGAUCUAUAAUAAUUGGUGAAAUGACGGACCCAAGGAACCGUGGUGCAUUCUUAACUAGUGUUUCCCUAUCACUCACAAUUGGUGUUAUGUUUGCCCACAGCCUAGGGACAUACUUUAGCUGGCAACAAAGUGCUUUAAUAUGUUCUUUCAUCACAUUCACUAGCUUACUUCUCAUUAUAUACAACCCCGAAUCCCCGUCCUGGUUAAUUUCCAAAGGAAGAUACGAAGAGGGUGAAGAAAUUUUCUUUUGGUUGCGAGGAAGGAAUGCCGAGCAAGAGGCUGAAUUAGAAAACAUGAUAGCCGCACAGAAAUCUUUACGUAAGUCCAGUAUUAUAGGACAGGAUAUAUCAAGAAAAGAGCGUGUCAAAGGAUUUUUCAUCUAUUUAAAGGAUACUUCUAGAAAACCUGAAUUUUAUAAACCUAUCAUUAUUAUGUUCUUUAUGUACACCAUGUUUCAAUUUGCCGGCAUUAAUGUUAUUAGUUCAUAUGCAAUGGAUAUUAUCCAUCAAGUUGUUGGACCAGAAGCGAACGCUAAAGUAUUAAUGGUCGCUUUGGAUAUUGAAAGACUGAUCUGUAAUAUAUUGGCUGUAUUUUUAAUGAAGACUAUGAGAAGACGUACAUUAUUAUUCAGUAGUUCAGCGAUAUGUGUGAUAGCGUAUCUAGGAAAAAGUUAUUAUGUUUAUGCAAGGAUGAACAACUUGUUGCCUUUCGAAAGUCAAUGGAUACCAAUCGGACUUAUAGGAUUAUACAUGUUUUCAUUGACAAUUGGUAUAUCAUCGAUUCCAUUUGCAAUUUCUGGGGAGAUUUUUCCAUUAGAAUACCGUGGAUUUGGAGGAGGUAUUAGUGUUUUAGCCUUAUCAUUCAACUUCUUCGUCGCAGUAAAGUGUUUCCCAGUUCUAACGUCAGCUGUUGGUUUAUCGGUAACUUAUUUAAUGUACACAGGAGUAGUUAUAAGCUGUCUAUCAGUUUUAUAUUUCAUGCUGCCAGAAACAAAGGAUAGAUCUUUGCAAGAAAUCGAGGAUGGUUUUAGAGGUAUAACGUCAGCAGAUCGAAAAUGUAUAGAGCCAUUAAAUAGUGUUCAAAAUAAUGAAAUGCGUAGGUGCAGUUCGCAUAUACUAUAUUAGUUUUAAAAUUGUGAUAUGUACU